UUUAAAAACCAUUUAUAUGCAUGGCAGACAUGUAUUUAUCCUUGUAAAACAAUAUAGCAUUGUUUGGCUUCAUUGAAACCAUGUUAGUAUAAGCAAUUUUAUUCGUUUAUCUCAUAUAAUUUUCGACUGUCAAAUUGUUUUUCGACAGUUGACAGUGGUUGUGUCAUAGUGUCAUGGCGUUUUUGCGUGAAGAAUUCUAGCAUAAACAUAAAACAGUAUUGUUAUUGUAGUCUGUGCUGUAUUUGUUCAGAAGUUUUGAAAUGGUUUCCGAUUUGGAAUCCAAUGAUGUUGAGAAAUCGCAUUCAGAUGAGGGUAAACCAUCGAAGAUAGCGAGGAUGGAGAAAACACGUGAAAAAAGGAGAUCCAGCAGGUCCCGCUCUGGUACCCCCGAGAAAGACUCCCAGAGGAAAAAGAGACAUAAACGAAGAUAUUCAGAUGACAGGAACAGUGACCAAUACUGGAACAAGUAUCCUAAGAGAGACGAAAACGUCGUUGGUCAGAGGUACUAUGAAGAACCGGGAUACAGAAAUCCGGAGGAAAAUCGCGAUAGAAGCCGCAACUCCCAUAGGGAGAGGGAAAGGGAACGUGAUAAAACUAUCAUUAAACCCAGGGAGAGAAAAACGGUAGAUCUUUUAACAUCGAAAACUGGAGGAGCUUAUAUCCCCCCUGCAAAACUUCGAAUGAUGCAAGCAGAAAUAACUGAUAAAUCUUCCAUGGCUUUCCAAAGAAUCGCCUGGGAAGCUUUGAAGAAGUCUAUUCAUGGUUACAUUAACAAAGUGAACACAUCCAAUAUUGGAAUAAUUGCGAGAGAAUUAUUGCAUGAAAAUAUUGUUAGAGGAAGAGGCUUGCUUUGCAAGUCAAUAAUUCAAGCCCAAGCUGCUUCUCCCACAUUCACCAACGUCUACGCUGCUUUGGUUGCAGUUAUCAAUUCGAAAUUUCCCAACAUAGGAGAGCUACUGCUUAAGAGGCUGGUGUUGCAAUUCAGGAGAGGUUUCAAACAGAAUAAUAAAUCCAUUUGUAUAUCGGCUUCAACAUUUGUGGCUCACUUGGUGAAUCAAUGUGUAGUGCAUGAAAUCUUGGCACUGGAAAUUCUAACACUCCUCAUAGAAUCUCCUACGGAUAGCUCCAUUGAAGUGGCAAUAGCUUUUUUAAAGGAAUGUGGUCAGAAACUGUCGGAGGUAUCCAGGAAAGGCAUCAAUGCGAUCUUUGAGAUGCUGAAAAACAUUCUACAUGAAGGCAAGCUGGAAAAGCGAAUUCAAUACAUGAUUGAGGUGAUGUUUCACAUCAGGAAAGACGGCUUUAAAGACUAUGCAGCUAUUAUUGAAGAGCUGGAUAUUGUGGAAGAAGAUGAUCAGUUUACCCAUCUGAUUAAACUGGUUGAUGUGAAACAGGCCGAGGCUGAAGACAUUCUGAAUGUUUUCAAAUUUGAUGACGAGUACGAAAUAAACGAGGGCAAAUACAAAAUUUUGAGCAAAGAAAUUCUUCAAAGUGACAGUGAAUCAGGCUCUGAGUCAGGCUCAGAUUCAGGAUCAGAGGAGGAUAGUGAAGAUGAAGAAGUUAAAGGUCCAGAUGCGAUUGUAGAUCAAACUGAAACUAACUUGAUUGUCUUAAGGAGGACUAUUUAUUUGACCAUUCAAUCUAGUUUGGAUUUUGAAGAAUGUGCCCACAAGCUCUUAAAAAUGGAAUUGAAGCCCGGCCAAGAAAUCGAGCUCUGUCAUAUGUUUCUUGAUUGUUGUGCAGAACAAAGAACAUAUGAAAAAUUCUAUGGCUUACUAGGUCAGAGAUUUUGCCAAAUAAACAAAACUUACGUGGAGCCGUUUCAGCAAAUAUUCAAAGACACCUACGCAACAACACACAGAUUGGAUACAAAUAGGCUGAGAAAUGUGAGCAAAUUCUUUGCCCAUCUACUGUUUACUGACGCCAUAAGUUGGGAGGUUCUAGAAGUAAUGAAAAUGACCGAGGAAGACACAAACAGCUCGAGUCGGAUUUUCAUCAAGAUCCUAUUUCAAGAAUUGGCAGAGUAUAUGGGACUGGGAAAUUUCAAUCAAAGGCUGAAAGAUCCAACUCUCCAAGGUCAUUUUGCAGGUUUAUUUCCAAGGGAUGAUCCCAACAACACCCGUUUUUCGAUCAAUUUUUUUACUUCAAUUGGUCUGGGUGGUUUGACCGAUGAUCUUAGGGACCACUUGAAGAAUUUACCAAAAAAUGUACCGGUACCCGCGAAGGAAGAAAGUAGCUCCUCCAGUUCAAGUGAAGAUAGCAGUAGCUCAGAAUCAAGCGAUAGUUCUGAAGACGAAAGCCCCAAAGUAAAUAAAAUGAAAUCGACACGUAAACAGAAUAGAAGCCCCAAAGAAGUAUUUAAAACCGGAAGAGAUCAGAAUAAGUAUUCCAAGUCCAGCCAACAGUUUGAUGAGAAGAAAAGUAAAAGGCAAAACGAUCGUGGCCAUUCACCGGAGCGUCGUUCGACUGAUCGAAAGAAGAAGGACUACGAAUGGGUGAGAAGCCGCCAUGAAGAUAAUAUUGACCAGUUGAGGGAUCGCAAAAAGGCGUUUGAAAGGCCGAGAUCUAGAGACAAAGAAGUAAAACGCAAAUCGCGGUCACGGGAAAGAACAAGAAGGAAAAGUGUUGAUGCGAAGUCCAGGGACACUGACAAUUAUCGCAGGAACCGAGACAGACGAAGAAGCUAAGUGUGUUUCUUUCUUAUUCUGGUAGUCUGCAAGCUCGAGUAACGAAGACGAAACUCUUACCAGUGUUAUUCACAUCCAAAUAAUCACAUCCAGCUGCCCGAGAAGUAGAAAUGUAGUACUUGCUCUCCUUUGGAACAUCUGCAAGUCCAUAAAGUGAGGGAUAUUUUGGCGCCUUAAAUAGGCUUUCUACCUUCUAUUGGCCGCAUAUCGAUCAGCUCCUUAUUAUUAUCAAUCAAGUCAAUAAAUUUCCUGUAAUCCGUCUU